AUGCAUAUUUCUAGGUCUGUAAAAGAACAAAAAAUAGAUUUUGCUGCUGAGGAUAAUCCUAAAAAAGAUAGCUUUAAUGCUAGCUUUAUUGGAGUUGAGCAAGGCGUUAAGGAUUCUGUCAGCCGAUCAAAUUUUACACCGGAGAAAGAAUAUGCUAACAAGUUUGUGUCUGUAAAUGCAAAUACUGAGGAUAAGCGCUCCGAUGAUAUGCCAUUGAGCGAAAAAGCUGCAAAUGAAUAUGCGGCUGAUGAGAAGGCUGCUAAUGAAGUUUCAGUUGACGUUGAUUGCGAUGGUUCUUCAUCGGACGCCACAAUUUCAGACAAGGCUGGUGAAUUUUCAAGUGCCUAUAUUGAGAAUACUGCAACUUAUGGUAUCGCGGAUUCCGUAAAUGCAAACAUUGAGGAUAAGCGCUCCGAUGACAAGACAUUGAAUGAAAAAACUGCAAAUGAAGAUGCCGCUGAUGUGAAGGCUGCUAAUGAAGGGGCUAUCGAUGGGGAUGGCGAUGGUUUUUUUUUGGAGGCCACGAUUUCGGAGAAGAUUGAUCGUAAAGUUGAUGACAUUGAAACUGCCAAUAUUGAGAAUGCUGCAACUGAUGGUGUUGCUGAUUGUGCAAAUUUUGUUUUUCCUACGGAUGUUGGGACAUCUACUGGCAUCGAUAUGCUCGCUAAUAUUGUUACACAAAAAAAAUUGAAUUCUGUUGUUGGAGCUUCUGUUUCUAAUGAGGUUCCUGUCCGACCUCUAUCUAUAAUUGAUUCCCCAACUUGGAAUAUAUCUGCUGAGGUUUUUGAUCAAACGCUUGAAAAUGCGAUGGCUUCUUUGGCUGAAAGGCAGUCACAGAUUUUAAUUUUGUUUACACUUAAUUGGUUUCCUAUUAUGUUUUUGCUUUCUUUAGGUUGUAUUGUACCGAAGGACAGUGUCGGUAGUGUUUGUAUUUGUCCUUUUGAUGAAAAUAGUAAUAUGUUUUCUCAUGUGAGUAAACACAAGGCUUUCUUGAAAUGGAUUGAAGAAGGACAUGUUAAGAGUUUCAAGAAGAAAAUUUACGACGAAGCGCAUGUUUCAUUGAGUCCUCGCCUUCGUCUUGGUGUCGCUGAAAUUGAAAAGAAAAUUUGGUUUUAUAAUCUUUAUAAGCCUGGUCAGCCAAUUGACAGCAGUCAUGUUGAUAUACUGUUUUACUACCUAAGGAAAAAGGUGAAAUUAGGACAUGCUGUGAGCACUAGAAUCACAACCACAGAUAAUCGGUUCGAUCAACUAAUUCAAGAGGUUUAUAAUCAAUAUCUGAAAAAGAGAGACAAGAAUGUUGUAUCUUCUAAGAGCUCAGUUGCCAAACACAUUAUGGGUGGUUCCAUGAGAUGUAAUACAAAAUGGUCUGAAGUCGAUGAUGUUUUGUUUCCAAUCAAUUGUGGGAAACAGUGGCACUGGAUUCUUGCUCGUCUGAAUAUCAAGCAACGCUGUAUUUAUGUCUAUAAUUCGUUGAGAUCAGCUCGACAUGAGAGAGCGCUUCUUUUUUAUGUUGAUUGCUACAGCGAGCUGCUUCCCUUGUUUUUUGAAGCGAUUGAUCUGUUUUCCUCUCGCGAUGAUAUAGACAUUAACAGCGGUCCGUAUGCAGGACUGACAUCAGCCAAUCCGAUUCGAAUCGAGCAUGUGCCCGAUCUUCCCGUUCAAACAGACCUUGAUUGUGGAGUUCAUAUGUUCUGUGCUGCCGAGGCUUUUGUGGCUGGCAAAGUUUUGGGUGGCGAUUUUAAUAUUAAAGAACAACGGACUCGGCUUGCUUCCUCGUUUUACACAUAUGCAAUGUGGAAAGACGAAUAUUCUGCCAUAAGUGAAGACGAAGCUCCUCCAAAAAUGAAUAGGAAUGAUUAGUGUUUUUAAAUUUCAGUUCUUUAUUUGGAUUUUGGAAAUUUUAUUUGGUUGAAUGUUCCGUAUUUUCAUACGAUGAAAUUGUUUAUCUUGUUUCUAUUGUCUUACAGAU